CGACGUACAGUCUCCACCACCUUCCACGCACUCACGAUCAGGCGACCCCUUCCCUCACCGUCCUCUGCGGCUUAUGAAGCAGCGGGUCAAACAACGACGCUAACGCUGGAGCUAUAAUAUCAACGACGGGGGCUCCCGUAUAAAACGCCGCAGCAGCCGACAGCGCAGUGUGAUCACUUGCGACUCUCUCUGAAACGACUUCGUUUUUGGAGGAGUGCGUGAAUUGAUACACCAACUAAAAAAAGAAAAAAAACUCACUGCCGCUGCAUAUCCGCCAAAAACCAUCCCAAAUCGAAAUAAAUAUGGUGCAAAAUAAGAUCACCGAAGUCACUGGAUUCCAUCGCUCCUUCAAGGUCCAAAAUCCCUUUGAAUCUGACGACUUCACAAAAAAUGGAUCCCAUCUUCUGGAUUCGUCAUUUAAUUUUGAUUCCUCCCCAAGACAUGACAUCCCCUCCAGCCAGCCUAUCGACAUCCCCGACGCCAAGAAGAGAAACAAGAAGAAAAAGCGUUGCAGGGCAACUGACAGUUUCUCUGGACGAUUCGAGGAUGUCUACAGGCUGCAUGAAGAGUUGCUAGGAGAAGGGGCUUAUGCCAGAGUGCAAACAUGCUUCAACCUCAUCACCAACAAAGAGUAUGCUGUGAAGAUCAUUGAGAAGAGACCGGGUCACAGCCGCAACCGUGUCUUCCGUGAGGUUGAGAUGCUCUAUCAGUGCCAGGGCCACAGUAACAUCCUGGAGCUGGUGGAGUUCUUUGAAGAGGAAGACAAAUUCUACCUUGUGUUUGAAAAGCUGAGAGGAGGGUCGAUCUUGGCGCAUAUCCACAGGAGACGGUACUUCAGUGAGCAGGAAGCUAGUGUUGUUGUGCAGGACAUUGCCAGUGCUCUAGAUUUCCUGCAUAACAAGGGAAUGGCACACCGAGACCUGAAACCUGAGAACAUUCUCUGCAAGAGUGCAGACAAGAUUUCCCCAGUCAAGAUCUGUGACUUUGACCUUGGCAGUGGGAUCAAGCUGAAUAGCGACAGCUCGCCCAUCUCCACCCCUGAGCUCCUCACUCCUCACGCGGCCCAAGAGAAGCCCCCAAGCUCUGACACUUGCAACCACGAGUGUGGCUCAGCAGAGUACAUGGCACCCGAGGUGGUUGAGGCCUUCAGUGAGGAGGCCACAAUUUACGACAAGCGCUGCGACCUGUGGAGCCUUGGGGUCAUCCUGUACAUCAUGCUGAGUGGCUACCCCCCCUUUGUAGGCCGCUGUGGAGGCGACUGUGGCUGGGAAUUAGGGGAGCCAUGCCACACCUGCCAGAACACACUCUUUGAGAGUAUCCAGGAAGGAAAAUACGAGUUUCCAGAGAAAGACUGGGCUCACAUCUCCUCAAGUGCCAAAGACCUAAUAUCCAAACUCCUGGUUAGAGAUGCCAAAAACCGCCUGAGUGCCCGCCAGGUGCUGCACCACCCUUGGGUCCAGGGGGGUGCGUGUGACACUUUACCAACAUCCAUUCUGCAUCAAAGAUCCAGCAAAGCCAGGGAUCUUACGUUCUUUGCUGACAAGGCCAUGGCCGUGAACCGGCAGCUGGCUGAACAGGAUGGAAUAGACGCCCAGCAGCACCAGGAAGCCCCGUUCGUCGUUACGGCCACUGGCUCCUCCAUGCGCCUCUCUCUGCUUUCCAACUCCAGGCUGGCCCGGCGCAGGCAGCAGAACAGCCAGGGGGGGCCCGUCUCUGCUGCAGAGCUUCGUCAGCUCUUGGCCCCUCUCGUCAUUGUGGGAGACUGUGCCUGAUCUUUGUCAAUCAUGAUCUCUGACCUUCCGUUAAGAUUUAAGCCCCCAUCUCAGCCUACCCUCAAGCUCUUUCUCCCCAAUGCUGCCCCCCCCCCCCUCCUCUCUCCCCUCUAGCUGGCCUUGGUUCCUCUGCCAUUCAGGCUCUCUUGCCUCGCUGUAAAGGGAGAUGCUGCUCGCAGUCCUUCCUCUAAAUGCCUUCUACAGCACUUCUGAAGCACAUCAGCACAGGGCCUGCACACAGGCACGUCACGGUUGGGGAGGAGGGCCAGUUCAUCAUUUGAGAGAGAGCAGGUUUUUUGUUUCCAUAAAACUCAGUUCAGAAGUAAGCAGACCACUUAUCUUCAAAACUAAGCUUGUACACCAAAGGAUGACCUGUUGUGCUGCUCCCAAGUUACAACUGGAUCCACUGUGAAUUAAGUUAUCUGGAAUGUUUCUUUGCCUGUAUGUACAUCCAAUGGCCCAUCUGCACAUAGGUACAAGCUUAUGCAAUACGCCAACAUGAAGGCUGCUCCCGUCUCCAAAGGGAUUCGGUACAAGAGGGUUUGAAGGGCUGUAAGCCGAUGCUGUCCGUGCCUGGUGCAGAGCAUUCAUGUGGCUGGGCUCUUCAAGGCUUUUUGUCUCCAUUUAAGAAAUUCCUAAACACUGAGCCUCCUGUAAAUGUCUGAUAAAACGAGCACUCAUCUAGCUUAUUGGCCGUGCACUUAAUGCUCAGAGAGCAAAGAAUGUCUGUACCCAGCCAGCCACGGCGUAUGCUGCAUCCAUUCAUACACUUUCACAUGAAUAUAUAUGCCAAAUUAUCUGUGGCUAAAUCUUUCAGUGUUUGAGACCAGUCAAGUUCAAUGGGAUUGAAUGAAGCCGUUUUACUUGUAUUACGAUGCAUGGCUGGUACAAGUAAAAUGUUAAUUGGCUUUGUAAGUGAAUUUGGUUCUGAUUCUCUCAUUGUAAUUCAUGACCUUGUAUCAUUUUUUUGGUUUUGAGUUUUUGCUCCUGCAAAUCAAUUAAUGCAUUUGAUUUCACCUUGACUAUUUAAUGUUGAAUGUUUCAGGGGUUUAAAAAGCCCGUUUUGGCCAAUCCGUGGCUCUGUAUAAAUGCGCAUUACAACAUUAGAAGCAAAUAACAUUAUUCAAAAGAGAAACAAAAGGAAACAUUCCAGAAAAAUAAUAAAAAGUCUUCUAUAGACAUGUAGCUGUAUUAAGUUUACUUUUUCAGGUUUGAAAACUCCAUUUCAUUGUGCCACUUUUAUUUUUAUUAUGUAUGGUUAAGCUUUUUGAAAUUAUUUUUUUGUUUCUCGUCAGUUUUUCAUUUAACGAGUUCAAGUGAAACACCGGAUGUUUUUCUUGUGUAUUUUUAUUUUUUAAAUGUUCAGAGUAUGUGAUGUAUGAGGUGAGGUGUAAGCGGUGGUUUAGUGGUUCUGGAGCGUUCAUGCCCAGUUAAAGCAAGUUUUUUUUGUUUGUGAAAGAGUUGGCAAUAACUUUUAUUUUCUUCAAAUCUUUGUUUUAAUUUUUUUAUUCUUUUUUUUUUUUUUUUUUUUUA